UUCCGUGUAAGUAUUUUCAUGCUGGUAAAGGAUGUUAUGCCGGAGUUGAUUGUAAAUUUUCACAUGAGUCAUUAACUGAAGAAACUCAGAUUUAUUUUGAUAGAAUGAUGGAAGAAGAGAUGAUACAAAGAAAACCAAGUUUAUUAGGUUCCCCACCGCAGCAUGUGAUAGACGAAGCUGAAAGAAUGAAGGAAAGGAUUGAACAUGUUAAAAAGAUUCCAUCUAUUUUUGAAAUUGAAACAUUUCCCCCCGGUCACAGUCCCAGAAAAUCUCCACAGAAAAAUAUUUCUCCUAUAAGGCCACCUGGUCCAGGGUUUUAUAAUGAAACUGGUCCACCAUUACUUCCCCAGGGACAUCCACCCAUGAACAACCAGGGACCUAUACAAGGUCCGCCGAUGAACAAUUUAGGAUCACAUAUGAACAAUAUGGGACCACCGUUGAACAGUCCACCAAUGAAUAACCUAGGUCCUCCAAUAAAUAAUUUAGGUCCAUCUGUGACCAAUCUCCGACCUCCUAUGAGUAUUCGCCCACCGUUUCCAGGAGGCCAGGAAAUACCUCCAAAUCAAGCAGGAGCUCAAGGUUCUGUGCUCAACAUGAUUGGUGCAAUAUUACGGACUGCAGCACCUCUGAUUGUGAAUCAAAUAUCUGGACAGCCACCCAAUAAUUAUUCAGGACCGAGGGAUAGUGAUUAUGGACAAAGAGAUAACGAUUAUGGACAAGGGGGUAGUGAUUAUGGACAGAGGGAUAGUGAUUAUGGACAGAGGGAUAGUGAUUAUGGACAGAGGGAUAGUGAUUAUGGACAGAGGGAUAGUGAUUAUGGACAGAGGGAUAGUGAUUAUGGACAGAGGGAUAACGAGUAUGGACAGAGGGAUAGUGGUUUUGGACACAAUAAUAAUGAACAAUCCAUGACAGAAAAUGAUCAAAAUUAUCCGACUGAUGUGAUGGGUACCAAACCUACAUUUUAUGGACAGAGUCAGGCUGUGUUAGAUAUGGACAAACCCAAACUUGAAAACAGUAUGAACAAAUUAUAUGAAUCCAAAGAUGUUUUAUCUGAAAAAAUGAGCAAUUUUCAAGAUGAAAAAGAUUCUAAGGUGGCGCCCAAUAAAGUACAUCUUGAUCCACGUAGUGCUAGAGCACAACUUGCAGCUCGACCUUUAGAGACGGAACCACCUUUAGUUUCAUCUGCACCUUUAUGUUCGGAGGAUGCCCAUCCAAAAUCUCAUCUAGAUGGUGAUGAGGGCAGUACAUUUAUGCAACAAAAAGAUGACUUUCCUACUCCCAAACUGGAUAUGGACUUUGGACCAAAGUUUGAAUUUAGUAGUUUGAAAGAUGAUAAUUGGUAUUCAAGUGAUGAAGAAGAAACAGGUGAUGAUGAAAAGCUCUGUAUUGUACAGCAGCUACCUGUAUCUAGUUCAGUUCCAUCAUUAAAUAAAAGUUCUACUAUUGAUAUUAUGGAGAUGAUAUCAAAUGUUAGAAAUGAUAAAUCACUACUUAGUUCAUCUUCAUCACUAGAAUCAAAAAAACCUGAAGUUAGACCAUCAUUUUAUUCUCCAUCCAUGACUUUGUCUCAGUCGUACAAUGUCAAACCUCAAGUUGAGGUGAGUGUUCCGGUCACACACUGUGUUCUGAAGAAUAUGUUAUAUCGAAUCAAAACUUUUACCUUUUCGAGUCAAGAUAAACCUUACGAUAAAUUACCAGUUGAUGUGAAUCCUGUAGACAGUAGGUAUCAAAGUGAUCCGCGGGUUCAAAAAUACAGUCAAAGAUUAGCACGAAAAACUCUAAUGCAACCUAAAUUAUUGGCGCCGGAGAAAAAGGUGGAUCGUGUGCAAUUACCCGAUUUAAACAUAAAUUCUGAUGGAACAAUUAAUGCACCAAAGCCUCGUGCUUUAGAUCCGCGUAUGUCAAGAAAUUUAAGUACUGGUAGUGAUGAUUCAAGACCACAAAUUCCAGAUCAACGUUCUUUACAGCAAGAUCAAAGAUCUGCAGCUCAGGAUCCAAGGUCUCAACUUCAGAGAUCUCAAGACCCUAGAUCUCCAAGCCAAGAUCCAAGACCCCAACAUCAAGACCCAAGGGCUCAGAAUAAGGAUCCUCGAUUCCAAGAUCCACGUUCUCAGGCUAAGGAUCCAAGAGCGCAACAUCAGGAUCCAAGAUCCCAACAUCAAGAUCCUAGAUCCCAACAUCAGGAUCAAAAAUCACAACAUCCGGAUCAAAGAUCACAACAGUUGGACCUGAGAUUGCAAAAUCAAGAUCCUAGAUCCCAGCAUCAAGAUCCUAGGUCACAAAGGCAAGAUCCCAGGAUGCGUAGAUCCCAAGAUUCAAAUGAUAGUGCUCUAACAUUGAAAUUAAAGAACAUGUUAUCAGACCCUAGUGAUGCUCAGCGACCAGGUUUACAGAGAGCUGACCCCCGUGUAUCGCGUUCAAUAAGUCUUGAGGGGAGCGCUCAAGGCAAAAAUGCUAUGGAAAAAUCAAAAUUAUCUAGUUUGUCAGAUUUUCCCUCUCUAUUGAAUAGACCAAAUCCUGAUCAGUUUGGGUUACACUGAGAAAUUGUGAUGUGUUGAGUUGUGAAAGUGAUUCGUAAAUGAUGAUAUACAGCGAAUUGGUGUGGUACAUGUACUUUGUAGUCAUUUAUAUAAUUGUGUAGCGCAGAGAAAUAAGGUGCAAGUAGUAGGGCACUUUCAAAGUAACAUAAUGUCAAUGUAUCAAAAUUAUUCUGUGUUGUGUGUGCUGAUGACUAGAUGGUAAUGAAUGACAUGAUUAUAUAAAAUAAGGUAUUUUUUUAUUACUGGAAAUAAUUGCUUACUUUAAUUUGAAACCAUAAAUUCAUCUAGCCAAACUGAUAGUUCAAUACUUAUUUAUUGCCAAAAUAUGUGAUUGCAUAUAAUAGAUAUAUUACAAAAUCUUUAAAACACACAGUGGUGUAAAUUUAUCUUUACAGAUCUACAUGUAUUUGAAAACAGAUAUUUAUGCUUUUAUAUUAUAAUUCAUGUAUAUGUGGUUAUCACCAUCUGGCCGUUUACAAUUUUUGUAAUUAGUAAAGUGAGUAAUGAGUGAUUAUGACUAGAAUCGUAAACAUUUCACAGGGGUACUAUGAUACUUUAAGAUCACAAGUAUAAAAUGGAUCCCCCAAAAUGAUGUGCCCUGCUUGCCGAAAUCUUGAAUUCCAAAAUGGUCAAUAAAAUAACCUAUUUUUUGUUCAAAUUCUCCUAUUCUACUGCAUUUCAGACAGGAUAUUAAGUAUCUGUGCCCAUGUUAAACAGGGGUCAAAAUUCGUGAAAUUGGAACGAAGGCAUUUUUUUCAAAAAAUGCCACAGUAAUUCCUUAGUCACUACGGCAGUUUUUAUUUGCACUUAGGCAAAACUUUUAAUUUACUUUCGUCACUACGGCAGUUUUUUAAACUGGGAAACUUUGACAUACAUAUCGUUAUUAUUACGAAAUUUGUCCAGAAUUAGGUCACCAACACACCCUUAAAUUUACGUACACCGAAGUCCAUAUGAAUAUCGUAAUAUGAAUCCGUUUUAUUUCUUCGAAAUCAGAAGACCUAAAAAUUCUUGAAAGUCCGCGAAUCUGCUUUGGCUCAGCGACACGAAGAUUCGUGCAAUUCUAUAAUCCAUAUCCACGUGAAUUCCACCAAAUAUAAGUAUCGUGGUACCAAACUUGCGUUUUAAAUGAAUACUGCGCCGUUGAGGUGUUAAAUUCUGAUUCUAAAAUAUCCAUAAUAAUACCGCAAAUUGAUUCUCAAAACACGACUUCACACCUGUGCAUGGCAUUAUAAUACUACAUGCACAUCGUGCGGCGGACAUGUAAAGCCCUCUGGAUUUUUUUUUCUUCUCACAACCCGUCUAUAUUUACUCUAACAAUUAUAUUAUAUGCAAUAUUUUCCCGACCUAAUUUUUUUAUUUGGUCAAAUUUUCCAGUAAAUUAUUCAUAGCCUUUAUAUCUGGAAAUUGUUUUGAACUUCUUAAAUGAUUAAAUACACUAGACAACAAGCUGUGUGUAUUUCCAUUCUAGCCACCAGCAUGUGAUGUUACGGUAGAAUUAGGUCAGAUAUAAAAAUACAGUCACGAGAACUCAGGAAAGAAACAAAACAAUAAAUUCCUACUUUCGAUUAUGCCGUGGAUUACGCACGUAUACAACAGUGAUUUUAUUGUCAACAUCGGCAAAUUGCCGUCGUGAUAUUCUUAAAUAAAUUACCACGGCUAAAUAUGCCGUAGUUAUUAUUUAUUUUCUACGGCAAUUUCGCUAAAUACUACGGCAAUUGCCGCGGGUGUCGUCGUGAAUUUUGACCCCUGGUUAAAAUUUGCUUACAAAAGCCGCCAUAUUAGAUUUUAUGAUGGUCUGCAUAAUUUACAUGUAUAUUGUCAUUCAUUUGUAUGCCCUUAUAUGCUUUCCAACUGUAUAUCCAACUGUUAAAUUCGCUUGCGACAUCCCCCAUACUGGAUUUCAAUAUGACAGACUGUUUUUAUACAUUCAUUUGUAUCUUAAAAAUUAUAAAUGCUGGAAGCAAAAUUCUUAUGCCCUGCUGCACCCAGUUAGUAUAUUCGAUUUCAUAUGCUGAUAAAAUUCAUUUACAGUAGCCGCCGUAUUGGAAUUCAAGAUGACCGCCAUUGUAUAUGGCUUUCCCAAUACUAUGUUGAGAUUUAGAAUUAUCAACUUUAUGGAUAUAUUUGGACAUACUUACUACUUUGAUUUCAUAGACAAACAUGCCAUAGUAAAUGUACCCCUGUGCAAAGUUUCAUGCUUCACUAAAUGCUUGAGACUUGUUGGGAUUUUUUUAUCUAGUCAUAACUAGGAUCUUUGUUAAGAUUUAGAGUCAUACAUCAGUGUUGUGCAGAGGUUUUGAACAAACUGUUUUGAGAUAUUUUUAAAAUCUUUGCUAGUUUGGUUAGGUUAGUUUUAAGAUGGAAACUUGGGUUCUGGUUCUGACCAUUCAUCGAAAACAUGUAAAUUCCAAGUUUGUUACAAAAUAUUAACUCCAAAAGUCGAUAGCCUACAUCUUGAUAUUGUAAUGAAUGAUAUUUUUUUCAUUUCUGAAAAUAUUUCCUUCUUUCAUUGUCAGAACUCUUUAAUUUACAGAAUAAUGCCUCUGCAGAGAACAGUGACUAUUUGACUGAUUGUUGUUGGUUAAUAGACACCAAUAACCUUAUCACUUUAUUUUCAGUAUUAAAUAAAUUAAAGACCAAUUGUCACUUCACUUACUUUUUAGACUAAUGCCCAUUACUUUAAUAAAAUUGCAAGUAUUACACAAUUUUCAUAUUACACAAUAUACAGAGAUACUGAUACAGCGAGUAGAAAUACUCCCAAACAUCAUUAUAAUUUUCAUCUGCAAUAUAUUCAGCCCCAGUGAACACUCAAAAAUGAACACUCAAAAAGACCAGAGGUGCUCUUGUACUACCCGAAGUUUGUCACCCUGCAAUCUGAUUAAAAUACAGAUGAUUAACCAAAAUUUGGAACUAUAAACAAUGAAACGAAAUAGGAUCUGUGUUUUAAUCAGAUUAGUCACCCUUGAACCAUUUGAUGAACUCCAUUGUGAACAAAGCGGCACCUGGGCAUAUGAUUUUGUUACCUGUCAGUACUGUUUUAUUGAUUAUGCAGAACCUAUUUAGAUUUCAAAUUCUACUCAAACAAACUUGUAUAAAUUACGUAUGUAGUGAACAUGAUUACUUCCCUUUGAAAUAUCCACUUAUACAUGAAGGUAAAAGAUUGUAUAAAAAUAAUUUUAAAUCGAUUGUACAUUGUAAUUAAAUUGAUUUUAGAAAUGAAUUUUAAAUUAUUUCAUGAUUCUUAGAAAUUUUAUAAACAUUUAAUUUAAUGUACCGUAGUUUUGAUUGUCAGUAUUUUAUCUGAGGUUUUCUUCUAAUUUUUACGGAAAUUACAAACAAUAGAAUGUUGAAAUGGCAUUACCAAGUGUCAUACCUACUUCGAUUUUCCUGUAAUUUGGUUUAUAUUAUACUAGUGUUGGCUGACAAAACUGAUAUUCUAAAUUUCAGCUUGAUAUGAGUAACAGUUCCUGAGUUAUGACCUAUUGAAAUUUGGCUAUUUUGGUUAAAAUGGGCCUGCUGUCUGUUCCUAUUCAAAUGCCCGUAGUUCCGUAACCAAUUGGUCAAAAUUUCUGCAUUGGGUAUUGCUGGGAAAGCCAUUCCACAAGGAUUCCAAUUUCCAAUCAAUCUAAUUAGAACACAGAUCCUGUUUCGUUUUGUUAUUUAUAGUUCUAAAUUCUGUUUUACUAGUCUUUACUACACUAGGAUCUGGUUGAUGUGAGGGAUUAUCCAAUGAAAUGGUCUGUUACAGCGAGUUCUUGGCGUGAGGUGCAUGGAACUGUGGGUAUCCCACUAGAAACACCAAUGCGGAUUGGUUAAUCAAAUGUCUGAUGUCGUAGUGUCAAAAGCCGCUUGUAUGACCCCUGACCACUACAACCGGUCAGAUCUUCAUGUAGUGGAUGCCAAGGAAAGUUUUUAAAAAAAAUGAAACGAAAUAUAGAUUUGUAUUUUAAUGCGAUUGAUUCCAAAUUGGGUAAAAUGACAGAAGUUUGAUAUCUGAUAUCUAUGUUUGACUUGAUUUUACAAAUUAACCCUUGGCAGUUGGAAUUCGAUAUUUCCCUCAUAGCACACUGUAUGGCGUAUGCCCGUCUUCAUUAGCCCAGGUUAGGAGCAGAACAGUAGGACGUUAAACUCCAUUUCAUAUACACCCAUUUUUUAUAUUGAGCAGAAAGCAUUGUAGGGCCAAUAUAUGAAUGAAGUUAAUCGCAAGUUCAUGCCUGUCACAAGGUCAAGUUAAAGAUCAAAGUAAAUAUCAUAAAGUUAUCACCCUUUAAAACACAAGUAGUCAUAUAUAAUUUCUAAUUAGGAAUCCUUGUGGAAUUGCCCUUCCAGCAAUACCCAUUACAGCAAACUGGACCAAUCAGUUACUGAGCAGCUAAAAUAAGCAUAUAAACCAAAUUUCAUCACAAUCAAAGGGGGUACAGUAUUGGGUGAUUUGACAUGGAUUUACCCAGUAAUGUAUUAUUUAUGUGAGCUCAUUUAGUAUGGAUCAAUAUUUGACACAGUCAUCAUACAUUUACAUGUGUGUAAUUGAUAAAGGAGCAAUAUACUAAAUAGUAGAUUCUAUUUCAUUAUAAUAAUUAUUAAGUUAUUGUAGAUUUAAAUUUUGAUAUUUAAUCACAUCUUAUUGUCAGCUACAAUACAAUAAUCAAAGAUUGCCAGCCCCUUUUCCCUCGUUUAUCUAACAGUGUCAAAAUUUAAUGGAUACUAUUCUUUUUUCCCUAAUAGUAUUAAUUUCUGAAUUGCUGUCUAUAACAAAUUUCUAGAGAAUUUGUGUGUGAGUAGGCUACUUUGAUUUUAAUGUUUUUUCUGCCGCCUUUAUGCUACAUGUACUUUUGUACAUACUUAUUAAGGACUAAAUUUGUAUAUUUGGCAAUAUACUUAAACUAAUAAUAGUCUGCUUUAUACAUGAUAAAUAUGUAUUGUAUAUUCAUAUUUCAUCCAGAAUCGUUAUAGAUAAAAGACAAUACAAAAUUA